AUGCGAGAGUACAAAGUGGUAGUGCUUGGGUCGGGAGGAGUGGGCAAAUCGGCGCUAACCGUGCAGUUCGUGUCCAACACAUUCAUGGAGAAGUACGACCCGACUAUCGAAGACUUCUACCGCAAAGAGAUCGAAGUGGACGGCAGGCCGUGUGUACUGGAAAUACUGGACACCGCCGGCACCGAACAGUUCGCCUCAAUGCGCGACCUCUACAUCAAGAAUGGCCAGGGAUUUGUGGUCGUCUACUCCAUCACUAAUCACCAGACCUUCCAAGACGUGAAGAAUAUGAAGGAACAGAUCGUACGGGUGAAGGGCACGGAUCGGGUGCCCAUACUUCUGGUGGGCAAUAAGCUGGACAUUGAACACCAACGAGAGGUGACCACCGGAGAGGGCAUAGCCUUGGCUCAGGUCUGGUCGUCGCCAUUCAUGGAGGCCUCGGCUAAGAGUCGGAUCAAUGUUAACGAAGUGUUCGCCGAA